AUGAGAUUAAAGCUUCAGUUUGCUCUCUUCUUGAUGGUCUAUCGUGCAGAAUCAAACCGACAAAUUGUGAUGCGCUCCCUCUUUUGCAUGGACGAAGAGGUAUCUACAGCCCGCAAGCUUCGUCGUAAUCGAGGGCAAACAGGGCUUGAUCCCGACGUUGAAGCAUCUGAAACAUCGGGCGGAUUAACCAAUAAUAAUGUAAAUACUCGUAAUACUCCCACAACUCUUUCCAACCUCACACACAUCAGUCAUAACCACAAUACUUCUGGCUCUAAGCCCAACUAUAUGCCGAAAGGUCUGGUAAACUCUCUCUACUUGCAUCCCUAUCAACAGCAGCAACUCAGAAUGGGAGAUUCUGUCGGUGGUCUUGGUGUCGGCUUCGGCGUCGGGGGUGGUUUGACGUUCGGAUUGCAGCGAUUCGCCAAACUGACCGAGAAGUCCAGUCCAACACAAGCCGGCACACCAUUAACCCAGCCCUCGAUCGGAGGCUACCCACUUCCCAGCCAACAAUCCAUGCUUGAACUGGCCACUCUGUCGAACAAGUUGAUGGUUGAUCCGGACAAAUUGGGCAUGAGCACCUCAAUGGGCAUAGAUCCGGAUACAGGAGCAGCAAUCUGCUAUAGUUCCCACGGUGAUGAUAGCUCAGCGACAGGACUUCUUGACGCUUCUCAGGUUCGGUACUUGCCCGACGGCAGGGCGAAUCAGCGAAAUUCAGGCUCGGGCCUGUCGCUUGCCACCAGCGGCGGAUGCGGUGGCGGCAAUACCGGCAAUGGCGGCAUGUCAGGAUCGGGACUCUGCCUCAAAUCCUGGCAGGCCAGUGGCCUUCUGCCAGGCUUCUCGACCACCACCGAACAGCGGAUUCAACAGACGGCAGUAAUUCUUAAUUAUCUACUACAACAGCAACAACAGCAGCAGCAACAACAACAGUUGCAGCAGCAUCAUCAAAAACAAGAGAAUCCCACAUCCGGCUACCUAUCGGCCACUGCUUGCUCGAGUCCGCAGCAUUCGUCGCAGACGCCAUACCAAAUGAGUUUGCAACGAAACGUUCCUUCCCUUCCUUCGGCGCCACCUUCUCUGCAAAAUCAACUUCCGUUGCAGCCUUUAAUAAUGGAUCCUAUGGAGUACAAGACCUAUCUGCUGAACCAUCAGGCGGCUCAGCUUUCACAUUUACAGACAGCAAUGGGCCAGCUCCGGAUCCACGACCCGUCGAAAGAGGAAAAGCUGCAACAUCGAGAGCAUCAUCUGCAGCAUUCGGACCAGCAUUUGGCCACUUCACACAUGAACAACCCCAUCGGUCCUACCGUGACAACGGUACCUGUUCCUCAUCCCUGCGACGGAGUCGACAUUGAACCUGGUCACAUGGUGGCCACGUAUCCACGACAGCUGGUUAGGACCAAUUCCAACCUGUCCUCAAGUCCCUGCACCGGCUCACCAGCCUCAGCCACGUUUUCCACACGACACUUGCCGAGCAACCCGCGAAUCUGGCCAAUUCAACAAACCAGCCUGAUGAUGGAGGCAGUACCAAGCGGUGGCCGCCGAUUGGAGCCGCAACAGUUGGUGUACCAGUUACAGGAGACUGACGACUUGGCUCUACCUUCUGGCAAAACAGUGACCAGGGCUCAGGUAACCGUUGCCUGUACAUCAUUACACUAUUCAAAAGAGCAUGAUUUGCUUUCCCAAAUAAAAAAAGCUAUAAAUAUAUAUAAAAUAUCAAUUUAUUAA